AGAACUCUGGGAAAAUAGUUUUAAUCGUAGGUAGGUACAAUGGAAUCUGUUACGAGUUUAAGCAAUAACAUAGUUAAUCUCACGCGUAAUUCAAUUAAAUCAUUAAAAAAUAAGACCGAUAUUGUUAGACAUAUUUCAAUAAUCGAUUCCAACAUACGUUUGUUAGAGAAAUCAAUUACCAAUAACCUUCAUAAUGAGAUAAAUGAAAGCCCGAUAAGAUUGGAAGCGAAUUUAACCCAACUUAAAUAUUUUCGAGCGCAAUUAAAACAACAAUUGAAAAAUAUCUCGGUAAAAAGGGAGGGUUGUGGAAUAGAUGACACCGUCGAUAGAAAAAAUCAUCCGCUCCGUACUUUGGCGUGGUACACCUUAGAUUCUUGUUUUAUGCCCAGUUUCUCCAAUGUAUCUUAAGCUCUACUUGAAUCUUAAGAUCGCCUUAAAUCUUAAGUCUAUCUUAAAACGUUGCACCAACGCAAAUCUGCAUCUUAUAUUCACAAAGGCAGCCUUACAUUUAAGUCGUGAAAAUCUGCGACUUAAGUCGGCAUUAUUGUUAGUGAAGUUGAAAAUGAGUGGCAUUUUGUCUUUCAAACGUCACUUUUCAAAAUGGAAUUGAUCGAUGUCGAUGAUGUCGAUGUGGUUGAUAUGGUAGACAUAGUAGAAAAUAUUCGAAUACCACGGCAAAUUCACAUUAGGAGAAAUUUAUUUAAUAUUUAUUCUAAUGUUGAAUUUUUUCGACGAUUUCGACUCGAAAAAGGGACUGCUUUAUAUUUAUUGGAGAAAAUAGAACAUAGACUAGAGUACUUCCAUAACAGGUAAGUACACAUCAUUCAUAGGUUUGUUUCACGUUUGUAUACUUACCUACAUAUAAUGCUUUUUGUGACUAUUGUAUAGUGCGAAUUCAAGGUGUACAAUAAUGUUUUUUGAAAUUCAGGAAUAAUUCCAUCAGUCCCAUGAAUCAACUUUUGCUAACGUUAAGAGCUUAUGCCAGUGCAGGGCAUUUUGUUGCUGUUGGAGACUUUGUGCAUGCAGACAAGUCAACAGGAAUUUAUAUACAUGCCUCGAAAUGAAGUUGAAAUUGCAAGUGCUCAGAAUAAAUUUUACGACAUUGCUGGUUUCCCUAGAGUCAUUGGGGCAAUAGAUGGAUGUCAUAUAAAAAUUCAAUCACAAGGUGGAGCUGAUGCUGAAAUAUAUCGAAACAGAAAGGGAUAUUUCUCUGUAAAUGUGCAAGCCGUUACAAGUGCUGACCUGUUAUUCCAAGAUAUCGUCGCACGUUGGCCAGGUUCGACGCACGAUACCACCAUUUUUAGAAAUUCACGAUUAAUGCAUAGAUUCAAUAAUGGAGACUUUGGAAAUAGUAUCUUGUUGGGAGAUAGCGGUUAUAUGAAUCUUUCAUAUCUAUUUACACCUUUUCUGAAUGUUCAGAACGAUGGUGAAAGAAACUACAACAGAAGUCACGUUCAAAGUAGAGUCAAGGUAGAAAAUCUAUUUGGUGUUUGGAAAAGAAGAUUUCCUAUAAUAGCGUAUGGAUGUAGAAUGAAGCUAGAAAAUGUACUUUGUGUUACUGUGGCUACAGCAGUUUUGCACAAUUUGGCUCGUUUGAGGGGAGAACCAGAACCACCUAUUGAAAAUUUAAUUAUGGAACACGAGCUUCAGCAAGCAAUUCGAGAUGGAGAUAUUCCUUUAGCCGCCGAAGAAAAUGAUUUAGGCUAUGAUUAUAGAAGACAUUUAGUAGAUAUAUAUUUUUCUAGAUUGUAAUUUUCGUAUUUUGCAAGUUUAAAGAUAAAUUAUAUUACAUAUUAACAUACCUACUACAAUAAACAUUUUUUAUUAAAAU